CUGAGGUCCGACAGCAUGGGUGUGUGCGCCAGCAGCGACGCCGGCGGUGUGGUGUCACCGGGUCCCGGCUCCAGACAACCUGGGGCCACGGCCAACGGAGGGGAGGACGCAGGCGGGGUCAACCCGGCCGCCGAGCUCAUCCCGUCCAACCCGUUCUCGGGCGGCGGUGGGGGUCUGCUGGGUCAGCCGCUGCCCCAGCUGGAUAAACUGAAGCAGAACGGCUCGGAGGCCGCCAGCGGAGCCUUCGGUGGCAUCAGAGCAGGAGCUAGUGACGCCAUGGGACAAGCCAAAGGCGCGGCUGGCAAUGCCAUGGACUCAGCCAAAGAUGCGGCUGGCAAUGCUAUGGACUCUGCCAAGAACGCGGCUGGGGAUGCGGUAAAUUCGGCUAAAGACGCGGCUGGGGACGCUGUAAACUCGGCUAAAAACGCGGCUGGGGGUGCCCUGGACUCGGCUAAAGACGCGGCUGGAGAUGCCAUGAAUUCGGCUAAAGACGCGGCUGGAGAUGCCAUGAACUCGGCUAAAGACACGGCUGGAGAUGCCAUGAACUCGGCCAAAGACGCAGCCGGGAAUGCUGUAAACUCGGCCCAAGACGCAGCCGGGAAUGCUGUAAACUCGGCCCAAGACGCAGCCGGCGACUUGACGGGGAGCGCGGCGGCCGCCGUCGGUAUGGGCGGCGGCGACACCGGAGGAGACGACGGAGGAGACGGUGGAGAUGGCGGCGACUAAGGCUACCGCGGCGUUGCUGGAAUGAUGGGGGCGUGGGGAGAGGUGCGAAAUUUGAUCAAGUGGUUGACGUCGUCAGAGGGGUUUUGCGGAUUUGGCGCCGAUGGUGCCGUGAGGAAGCGGCUGAUCGGCAGAAGCCUAU